GUGGAGAUUGGAGGAGCCGAGAAGUCCAUCGCCUUGUCUAUAAAAAUGGCGACCCGUCUCCUGAGGCUCGGCACCGCGUUGCGGACGUAUUCCGACAAAACAAAUCUUGUCAAGAGCCGCAAACAAUGGCAGUCGACGGCGGCCUCGUUGAAGGAGGUUCUGAUAAACCAGCCCCCAACCAAGACAACAACGAUGGAGAGUGGGAUGAGAGUGGCUAGUGAAGACACUGGUGCUCCUACAGCCACUGUGGGAUUAUGGAUCGACGCAGGGAGUCGGUGUGAGACUGACAAGACCAAUGGGGUUGCUCACUUCAUGGAACACAUGGCUUUCAAGGGCACAGCGAAGCGUUCGCAAACCGAUCUGGAGCUGGAGAUUGAGAACAUGGGAGCCCACCUGAAUGCCUACACGAGUCGAGAGCAGACAGUCUUCUACGCUAAAUGCCUCUCCCAGGACGUGCCCAAGGCCAUCGAGAUUCUCAGCGACAUAAUCCAGAAUUCGAAGCUGGGGGAGAGUGAGAUUGAGCGCGAGCGAGGGGUGAUCCUCAGAGAGAUGCAGGAAGUGGAGACUAACUUGCAGGAGGUGGUCUUCGAUCAUCUGCACGCAGUGGCUUACCAGGGCACUCCCCUGGGGCGAACGAUCCUCGGGCCCACUGAGAACAUCAAGUCCAUCACGAGGAAUGAUCUUGUGAACUACGUGAGGACUCAUUAUGGACCUCCAAGGUUUGUCCUGGCUGGUGCUGGUGGUGUGGAUCAUGCCCAGUUAGUUGAUCUCGCUGACAAGCACUUCGGUAAGAUGAAGGGGCCUUUCUACGACGAGAUCCCACCCACCCUCGUUCCAUGUCGUUACACGGGCUCAGAGAUCCGAGUUAGAGACGACUCGAUGCCUCUGGCUCAUGUUGCCCUCGCUGUCGAGGGUGCUGGGUGGACCAGUGCCGACAACAUCCCCCUUAUGGUGGCCAACACACUCAUGGGUGCCUGGGAUCGCAGCCAGGGUGGUGGAGUCAACAACGCCACGAACCUCGCCAGAGCGUCCGCUGAGGACGGCCUCUGCCACAGCUACCAGAGUUUCAAUACUUGCUACAAGGACACUGGACUCUGGGGGGUGUACUUCGUGUGCGAUCCCAUGCAGUGCGAGGACAUGGUCUGGAAUAUCCAGCAGGAGUGGAUGAAGAUCUGCACGAGUAUCACUGAGAAGGAGGUCAACAGGGCGAAGAACAUCCUGAAGACCAAUAUGCUGCUGCAGCUCGAUGGGACCACUGCCAUUUGUGAAGACAUUGGGAGACAAAUGCUGUGUUAUGAUCGUAGAAUUCCCCUUCAUGAACUCGAAGCCAGGAUAGAUAGUGUCAAUGCAAAAACAAUUCAAGAAGUUGGAAUGAAGUACAUCUAUGACCACUGCCCAGUCGUCGCAGCAGUUGGACCAGUCGAGAAUCUGUCGGAUUACAACACGAUCAGAGCUCAGCAGUACUGGAUCCGUGUUUAAGUCCACCCUCCGAAAAUUUAGCGAAUAAAGAAAACUUAAAAUCAUGGUAAAGUCGUGUAAUUGUCAGAUCCUUUUUACGAUCUGACAUGUACACGAAGUUUAUUCGAUAGUGAAGUUAUUGUAAACUUUGGUUUCUCGAAUGAAAGAAUACGGGAUGAGGGACUCGGUAUAGUCACGAGUUCAAACCAAAUCUCAUUAUUUAUCAUGUGAAAGUGAAACUGUAAAAAUAUUAUGUAAUUAACAAAAAGAACUCACUGUACUUCGUUAAUACGAAAAAACUUUACUGAAAAAUAUACAAUUCGUCGUUUUUA